UCAAUAAAAACAUCGUGAGUUGUGGAUUUCGUUUCGUAUAAGUUUAAUUCAUUGAUUUUUCAAGCUUUUCUUUAAUGAAAUAGUAUAUUGUUUUUGUCAAAAGUGUAAUAAAGAAAACGGUGCGUUCGAUUGGUGAGUUAACAAUUGUAAAAGUCAGUGGCAGCAGAAGUACAUUGUUCAUUUAACAUGGCGCUGUGUAACGACAUGUGCGGGUGAUAACGCUCGUCCUUUGUCGUGCUAGUUUUCUAUUUUGAGUGUAAAACAUUUGUGUUGUUAAUGAUUUACGAGUUGCGUGUGUUUGUAACGUCGUAGGGCUGUUACAUAACGGAUUUUGGGUCUUGUAUGUAAAGUUACGACACAGCUACUGCAAUGGUGAAAACCCGUCGCAGUAAUGGAGAAAACGGGGAGGUUGACGAUGGGAAUUACGCUAUGAACGACGUGGGCAUCGUGUCCAAUGAGAAGACGCCUAAGCCGUCCAAUUGGACACCCCGAGAGUUGAGGAGCAGCCAGUACAAAGUAACCCGGAAGAUACAACGCUGGCCUACUAAAUAUAGCCGCCGCCUACGAACGAUUAAAAUGCCUCGGAUCGUGUUCCCCGAAAGCGAUACAGAACCUGAAAAAUAUUCAAGGAGAUCCAGACAAGUACGCGUGUUCUUCGCCGACGACAAUGACUCCACUAACAGAAGCGUGAAGAUACGCCGCAGUCGCGGCCCGCGGAAGAACUACAUGGAAGAUAGUGAAGACAAGCCUAUACAAGAGAAUGUUAGGCGAAGCUGUCGCAAACGCAAAUUGUUACACCACAACUUCAACGAGAGCUGGAUCACCAACGAGCUGAAAGUGAAGGGCUAUCCCGACCUGUACGGCUUUCCCGGCUCUAGCUCGUCCGACGAAUUCUCUUCGGCUGACGAGGCCAGAGUCGCUAGCAAGAAACUGACCCGUAGUCAUCCUCCUACCAAUACCGACGAAGACACCCAAUUGUCGCGACAGAGAAGAACUUCAGCCAGAUUCAACAAUAAGAAAACUAAUGAUGCAACAGAAUCAGAUUCAGAUGAGGAUAACAACCAAACAGUUAUUGAGAAGAAACCUACAGAAGAGAACACGAAAGAAGAUGAUAAGAUGGAGGUAGAAGUUCCCGCUAAAGAUAAAGAGGAUGAUAAGGAAGUUAAGCAGGAGGAUCAACAGCCCGUACAGGGACAGGAUAGCGAAAGUAAUCAAGCCCUGACUAGGACUAGAAGGAAGGCAGCUCGCGGCAAACCUAAGAAGGAUGAUAGUCAACAAGAAACAGAGUCGUCAUCAUCGGAGUCAGGCAGUGAGCUGACUCUCAGCCGGCAGCCGCGCCGCUCCAAGCGCACGCGCAAGCCCAAGCCCGCCUUCGUGCAGAUUGCGCAAGACGAGAACCGAUCUAGAGCAAAAACAUUCACAAUCAGAAAGAAACCAUACUGUCUAAGAGAGAGGAAGCCCAAUAUUUUGCGCAGAAAGACAAUCAGAUCACAAUCACCGUCCAGUUCGACUAGCAGCAGUACAUCUAGUUCAGACACGGAGGAAGAUCUUAAUGUGUCUAUGAAAAACAAGACUAAGGGCAGACAAAAGUCAAAAUCAACGGAUGAUAAGAAGAAUGACAAAGCAUUGAGAGAUAUACAGCCUGUUGAAGUCGACGGUAGCGUUAGAUUCACUUCGGUCGGAGGUUUAGAAGAACACAUAAAAUGCUUACGAGAAAUGGUGCUUUUCCCUCUCAUGUAUCCAGAUUUAUUCCAAAAAUUCAAGACGCGACCAGCCAAAGGGGUUUUGUUCCACGGCCCACCGGGUACGGGCAAGACGUUGUUAGCCCGGGCUCUAGCUAACGAAUGCUCGUUGGUUGGGGGAAGGAAAGUAGCUUUCUUUAUGAGGAAGGGAGCGGAUUGCUUGAAGAAGUGGGUCGGAGAGAGUGAGAGACAUCUCAAGCUGCUGUUCCAACAGGCGAACAAAAUGAAGCCGUCCAUAAUAUUCUUCGACGAGAUCGACGCUCUAGCACCGGUCCGCAGCGUGCGGCAGGAGCAGGUGCACACCAGCGUCGUCGGCACCCUGCUGGCCGAGAUGGACGGCCUGUGUGACCGAGGCGAAGUGGUGAUAAUCGGUGCUACAAAUCGUCUCGACGCCGUCGACCCGGCGUUACGUCGCGCGGGGCGGUUCGACCGCGAGCUGCACUUCCCGCCGCCCCACGCGGCCGCAAGGAGAGAUAUACUCGAUAUAUACACUAAGGACUGGCAGCCAAGACCUAGUGAAGAUACGCUGGAUUAUCUGGCUGAAGUCACUGGGGGUUAUGGAGGUUCCGAUCUUAAAGCGCUAUGUUCAGAAGCAGUGCUGAAAGCGCUGCGGAGGGUAUACCCACAAGUGUACGAAAGUGAACACGCUUUGCUCAUCGAUGCUAAGAAUGUGGAAGUAACCCGUCGAGAUCUCCUAGAAGCCAUGCAUUCACUAGUAGCGGCCGGAGCUCGUACUGCCCCGCUAGCUGCCCGACGCCUGCCCGCACACUGCGUGCCGCUGCUGCAGGCGCAAGUGCAGGCCGCCUACAGUCUGCUGCAGAACGUGUUCCCGCUCACCAGCGUCACUGAGAGGCGGAUCUGCGAGCCAUCCCUCUCACAGAGUGUAUUACUAAUCACGGGAGAAUGCGCGGAGACACACAUCGCGCCGGCGUUACUCGCUCAGCUAGAGCACUGCACUGUGAAGGAGCUCAGCAUGUCUACUCUGCACUCCGCGCAUACGUUUACACAGGAACAGGCUUUAAUAUCGGUAUUUUCGGAAUGUCGUCGUGCAGACCGCGGCUGCGUACUCUUCAUUCGCGACGUGACACUAGUGUGGGCGACACUAUCGACACUACUGCGACAGUUGUGUCGAGCUCGGGCUGCCGGGGACAACACGUUACUGCUCGCUACUGCUGACUGCCCGCAUGACCAGCUGCCUAUAGAGUUACAAGACCUAUUCCCAGUCUACAAGGACUGCGUCUACAGGGUGCGUGAACCGAACGCGUCGGAAGUGAUCAGCUUCCUCAAGCCGGUGCUAGCUGACGCGUUGUUAGACCCGCCGCCCGUUGAGAGUAACGAACCGCCGCCUCCGUUGCCUAGAGCCCCUCCACCCCCACCGCCGCGGGAGACGGCAGAAGAAGUAACUCGGCGCAAGCGCAAAGAGGACUACAAGCUGCGCGAGCUGCGGAUAUUCCUGCGAGACAUCUGCCGCAAGCUCGCCUCCAACAGGCGCUUCUAUAAGUUCACUAAACCUGUGGAUUUGGAGGAGGUAACAGACUACCUAGACAUUGUCACUCAGCCGAUGGACUUGGAAACAAUGAUGACGAAAGUCGACAUGCACAAGUACAACUGCGCGAAGGAGUUCCUGGAUGAUAUCGACCUCAUUUGUGCCAACGCGCUUGAGUAUAACCCUGACAGAACGUCAUCAGACAAGCAGAUACGCCACGAAGCUUGUUCGUUACGCGAUCACGCGCAUGCGCUCAUUGACGUGGAAAUGGACAGCGACUUCGAGUUAGAAUGUCAGGAAAUUGCUAAGAGAAGACAGGAGGAGGGCAAUAUGGCCGACAAUGAUCUGCCCGAUUUUAUUUGUACGGCUUCUAAUUUACAUCACUUCGACUCUAUAGUGAGUGAAAAGUCGCGGACGCCACAGAACGGCGACAAGAGCGAUCCCCACUCAGCCAAGCGCAAGCGUAGACGGAUGAACGCCUGGUCGAAGGGACUGGUUGUGAAGCGAGCUAAGACUUCUAAGAACUUCAAAGACUCAAGCAUGGCGAUAACAGACGAGGAAUCCAAAGAGAACAAACCUAUCACAUCGACCCCGCUGCCCAACGGCGAGGUGUCCACAUCGUCUGCGUCGGACGACGACGCCCCGCUGCGUCGCCCACAGGAUAACGAUACCAUGUUCAAUAUUAGCGCCCAGAGUGUUGUUAAUAAUCAUGUUUUGGAAAGUCCUACGAAGUCAUCAGAAAAAACGCCGUCAAAGACAUCACCAAAGAAGAGGAAUUCAGGUCACGAUCAUUCGAGCGGAGACACGGAGAAAGUACUGAUAAACAAGACUGAGUUAGAUAACGUUGUAUAUAAGAACGCGAAGUCAUUACGAAUGAUCGGGCUCGAAGCUCUCUUAGACUUGCACGCACAAAUGUCACACGUCGUCCACACGUAUUCCACAAAGCACGACAGAACCAAGUUACCGCAGGAACUUCACGCCACUGUCACGAGGUACUUGCAGCACGCGAAGAAAUGAACAUCAUGUAUAAUUGGCAGGACUUGUAAAUUGUAAGUUAAAAACUUAAGUUUGUUGAAAGCCUGGUUAAAUGUACAAAUGAGGUCUGAAGGCGUAGAGUAGUGUUGUUCAUCUGAAUGUUUGAGGAUGAUUUGAAAAAAGAACAAUUUUUGACGUUUUUCUGUUAGGUUUUUGUUUUAUUAUGACGUAGGACUAGAGGUGUUGUUGAGAAGGACUCGCUUAGAUAUAGGCUCGUUUACACUAGUUCGAGUAACUUUGAACCGUGGUCGUCAAACGAUUCUGUGUUUGCAAGGGAACUCGACCUAGUGUAAACGAAGCAUGGCAGGUUGUGAACACAUCUUAUGACCGAGCGAGAUUUAUUUAUAUUGAAUACGAAUAGUAACAUUGCUUUUUGCGGCAGCAGCUUUUUGUAACAAAAACAAAAAAAAAAAACAUUUUUACGUUUCAAAUUACACCUAGGUUGUUUACGUAAUACUUUAACAUCGAAAUGGUCAUUGGUAUCGAUAAAUUUUAAGCGAUAUCUUGACAUUUUAUCGAUAAUAAUCGGUAGGAUUUCUAGUAUCGGUUUACCAUUAGUAUUAACUGCCAUCAGUAUAGUUCUUAGAUGGAUCGAAAUUUGGAAUAUCACAUUCCAUAUUUUUACGAAUUUGAUCAUAUCUUAAGCGCCCCGUUUACCUAAAGAAUUAGGAACAUUGCGUACAUUAUUUAUUUAUUAAUAACUUAAUACAUAAACCAAUUGGCUUGAAUACAUAUUAAAAAAAGAUUCGUAUCAUCUCUAUUUAGUCAUUGAGAUAUUCAAAAUUUUAAGAGAAACCGUCUUUCCUUACAACGUAGACGCGGCGCUUAAAGGUGGGUACAGACAUACUGUUCACAUCACCAAUUACUGCACUUUACAUACACAGUUCUUCAGUAUGUAUGUGCCCACCCUAACUUCGAUAAAUAAUUAAGACGAGUGUUGUGGUCCUGUAAUACGGACAUUUACCGAUCACUGCCUAAAUUGGCUUUGCGAUUAUAUUAUAUUAAAAUGCAUUUCUCAACUGAUCCCAUCGGGCACCGAUAAAUUAUCGGACCGAUUUACACAUUAUCGGAUGUCCGAUUGAAGGAUAGGAGGAACGCUCUGAGUGUGGUUGAUGUGUGACGGGCGAUGCAAAUCUGACGAAAAUCUGAUAAAAGCUAGUUGAAAAAGAACUUUGUGUCAUAAGUAUAAGGUUGAGAAUUGAAUUGAAAAAAUUAACAAUAGUGAUCUUGUUUAUUGUGAACAAAUUUAACUCUUAUGUGUUACGUAAUAUGGAUGUAUUUUGGAUGAAUGUUUCGUCAGAUUUGUUUCGUCCAAAUAAUAGUCGAAUAUUAACCAUUCCUAAUGAGCCAAAUUGUGAGUGAGAUUAUCAAUAUUUAAUGUCUGAUUGAAAUGCUAUUGGUUUCGAUAGAUUUUGCUGGUAAAAUGUACAGGUGGUUUACAGCUUUGGGCGAACAGUGCUAAAGCUCGUAUUGUCUAUAAGAUUGGAGACAACGCCAUCUGCCGUCUAGAUUUAGAACAUGGAUCAGUAUUAAUUACUAUGAAUUAUCUUGCAUUUUAUAAUCUAGUGUAACAUUUAGAACAAUUAUAAUUAGUAAUAUAUUUUAAUAAAAUAUUAUUGCAUAUCUUCUUUAUCACUGCCAUUUUAUUCGUACUUAAUCGCCAUGUUUACAUCUAUUUGACAAAAGAUGGCGUUGUUCACAGCUAUUGAAAAUAAUGUUUUAAAAUCUUCUAAAAUCGCUUCAGAAUGGGUACAAUUUCUUCUGAUUACGGACUGAACAUAUGAGCAUCUACAGUCAGAAAAAAUCAUUUUUCCGUAUGUCCAAUAGCAUUUCAAUGAGACGCCUAGGUUAGGUUUAAAACUAAACAAGUAAAAGCCCGCUGGUCUGUGAUAUGUACAGAAGGUUUAUAUAACAUGUAUAUACGUCACUAUAUGCUUCGUGUCCGAUAGAUGCGCGCUUUACUACAUACUAAGAUUGACCCACCCGCGCCUAUUCGACUGGUCGAGAACAAAUCUAUAAAAAAGUGUUAUUAACUAGAAAUAUAUCUGUGUAUUUAAGACAUAUAGUAAUUAUAAAAACCGACUUCAAAUUGCUCAUGCAAAGCCUUACAAUAUAAAUUAAAUACGUGUGCGCAAAAAUAGUCGUAAUUUUAUUGUUUAAUAAUACAAACAGCCAAUCGAAUAGGUCGCGUGUCUCAAUACAAAACUCCUAUUAAAAUAAACUAUUGAGAAUUAAAUUCAUAGUCCGUUAGUACCCAAAAUUAUAAACAAUUUGGCUUUUUAGGUGUGAAAUUAAGAAAGAAAAAAAAAAACGAAAUUUAUGCACUGAUUUGCGAGUUUUAAAAACAGAUUUACCAAAUAAGCUGAACUAACGUAUCUUGCUUAAUUUAGGAUAAGGUUGUACUAACGUUAACGUAACUUAAGAUAUAUUUUUUCAUUCACGUUGAAUUAAUUUCAUAUUUAAAUUAUUAUUGGUUUAUCUGUGACGUUAUUGUGGAAUUGUGUCCGAGUUGGGCGAUGUUGGAAUGUUUGAAAUAAUCGGAGUAUUGAUGUUGUUUAGAUAGCAAAUGUUUAGAUGUAAUGUAUAGACAUUAUCUCGUGUUUGGGGAGUCAUUGAUUCGUAAGGUACAAAACCGUCUAUUUCAAUUAAGGUGUUAUUCUAAUAGAUCAAAAUGUCACAUUUUAAUUUGAUAUUGUACCUCUUCGGAGGAAUAUUCAACAUCUUAUGAACAAGUAAUGCGAUCUAUUAGGUUGAUACAAUUAUUAAGUGACGUACGUUGUUGUAAGUUUGUCUAAGUUGAAGUUAUAAUAAACGUUUACUACUUAAACGAUAACAAAUUGGAUUAAUUGAGUAAAUAAAAUGUAUAACGAAUUGUGGUACGAUUUGAUUUGCACACUACAAUUAUAAAGUUUAGAGAAAGUGAACUUUAAGUACUUCGCAAUAAGGUAUAAAAUUGAGUGUGCAAAUCAGAUUCUGCCGAAAAGACAGGGAAAUGAUUAGAAAAUGUUAAGACGUAAAUACGAUCAUAAACGUUAGUGAAUAUUUCAUGAUUAUAAAUCGUAAUCGAAUUGGUAUGUACGAAAUUGAUCCUUAUUUCUAUGGCAUAAGUUUUCAAAAAUGCAGUAAAAAUUUUAUUCGAACGUUUGUUUCACAAAAUAUUGUGUACGUAAUUGCAUGCAUUUGUUGCUCUAUAUUAUCAAUUCUGACUUAAUUAAUAUGAUGCAGAUUUUAGCUUUAUUUUAGCGAUACUGCAGUUUGAAGCCUUUUAAAAAACUUGGAAUCCUCCUUACUUAUAAAGUAUGCACUCAGUAUGAUCGAUGUUUAUUUUAUUAUUUACCUACAGUAAAGGGAUACAUUUUAAAAACUCUUAUUUAUGCAGUAUUUUUUAUUAACAAUGAAAUGAUUAUUUUAUAUAAUAAAAUUGAUUUGCGGAAUCGAAUUAAAAAGUUUUAAUGCCACAUGACUUAUAAUUAAGGAGGCAAAAUUACUAUUAUUUUUAGUACUUAAAAAUACUUCAAUUAUGUAUAUUUACUUAUGUAUUUAUGUAACAUUUCUUCAGUAAUGUAUUUAUGAUAAAAUUUAAAUAGUAUUUAUCGAAUAAUUGAUACAAAGCCGUGUGAUAUUGAUGGAAUAAACAGCAUAUAGUUGAUAUGUUAGACAAAAUAGUUACCUCAAAACUUUCCGUACCCCGUUAACUUCUUGAGAUUCAAAAGGGCGUAAGUGUCAUUGGCCAUCAUGGUUCUUACGUCGUUUUAAUUUCGAAGAAGUGUGCAAUUUUUUACUGGUCAAGAUAAUAUUGUAAAGAGGUUGUUAAUGUAAGUAAAGGGGGUGGGAUUAUUAGUUUAAUCUGUGACCUAAAGUAAUGUUAUAUGGUUGAUUUGCCUACAAAAAAGCUGUAAGUAUAGAGAUACAGAGCCAGCUGUUGUUCAGUUGGCCAAAUGGGAACUAACAUUUGACAGAAAUUUAUGUCAGUACUCCCAGAUUCGCAGUGUAACGCAGGUGUACCUUAUACAAUUCAGCUACAUAGGUCUUGUAACACAAUAUUGGAAAUAUAGGCUUGUGACGUGCAAUGCUGGCUAUACGUACCUUCUAAAUGCGUGUAUAUCAAUGAACGUGCCUCCACAAUUGGUGAUAAAAAACUCGAAUAAAAUUAAAUUGCUUUAUUUAUUUUCUUUAGAUCACAGGUUAAACUGAACCGAUAGUUAUUCAAUAGAUAGAAUUUCAUACAAAAAUAUAAAAUUGUAAGACAGAUUAUUAAAAAAAUGUGUGUAAAAUGAAUAAAAUUGCUUGCAUUUGCUCAAUGUGGAGUAUCUACGAUGUUUGUAAGCGCUCACAGUAUCCACCGUUCGAUUAGUGUAUAAUUUUGUAUUUAUAAAAUCAUAUUUAAAUUGAAAAUAAAAGGGUAUGAUUUCAUGUGAUAUCGAA